CCACACAGACUGAAAGCUUCGCCGCGUGCAGCUGAGAGCCAUGUCGCUCAUGAGCCUUCUCCUCGCCAACACCCUAACGGUGUGUCUGGUUGUCGCACUUUCCCUUCUCUUGAUAUAUCGAUUCUUUAAAAAGACCACAGAAACUUCAGAUUAUAACUUUCCGCCUGGACCCCGACCUCUGCCUAUCAUCGGAAAUCUGAAUAUCCUGAACAUGACGAUGCCUCAACAGACGCUUCACAAGCUUUCUGAGAAAUAUGGCAAUGUGUACACCUUCCACAUGGGCCCCAUUAAGCACUUAGUUCUGACUGGCUACGAGGCAGUGAAGGAGGCCUUAGUAAACCAGGCUGAUGUCUUUGGUGAGCGUGGAGAGACAGUCUGGCACAAUAAAACAUCCAGCGGAGAUGGUAUAAUUUUUGGACGAGGAGAAUCGUGGAAGACAAUGCGCCGGUUUACCCUCUCCACUCUCAGGGAUUUUGGCAUGGGCAAGAGAAGCGUAGAGAGCAGGAUCACUGAAGAAUGCCAGAAGUUGAUAGAGGUCUUUAAGUCACACAAAGGUCAGCCAUUUGAUCCAAAAAUUAUCAUCAACUCUGCUGUCUCGAAUGUCAUAUGCUCCAUUGUUUUUGGAGACAGGUUUGACUAUGAAGAUCCUCAGUUUCUCUAUCUUCAGGUCAUUUUGAAUAAAAAUCUUCAGCUUGUCACCAGCCCACAGAUGCAGUUGUACAACAUCUAUCCAUUCUUGGAACUGUUCUUGCCAGUCCAAAAGCAAGCCACAAAAAAUAUUAUAGACUACAGAAAAUUUUUUAAGAGUGUUUAUCAUAAACGAAAGGAUAUCGUGGACAGCAAUGAACUGAGAAGCUUUGUUGACACAUUUAUCUCCAGACAAAAGGAAGAGGAGGCUAAAAACUCUACAACACAUUUUAACGAAAGGAACAUGAUUGUGGUAUCCUCAAACCUGUUUGCAGCUGGUACAGAGACCACAUCUACCACCCUCCGUUGGGCUCUGCUGCUGAUGAUGAAAUAUCCCGAAGUGCAGGAGAAAGUCCACAGAGAAAUUGACAAUGUUAUCGGAAAAGAGCGCUGCCCGCAGUUUGAGGACAGAAAGAACAUGCCCUACACAGAUGCAGUUCUGCAUGAAAUCCAGAGAUUCAGUAAUGUGGUGCCCAUGAAUCUGUUACAUCAGACAGCAGCAGACACGACUUUUCGAGGUUACAGAAUCCCUAAGGGAACCCCAGUAAUCCCACUGCUCACCUCUGUUCUCUAUGAUAAGACUCAGUGGGCCACACCCAACCAGUUUAACCCCUCCCACUUUCUGGAUACACAAGGCAGAUUUGUCAAGAGGGAUGCCUUUCUGCCCUUCUCAGCAGGUCGUCGAGCUUGUCUUGGAGAGAACUUAGCCAAAAUGGAGCUGUUUCUCUUUUUCACCAUGCUAAUGCAGAAAUUUGUCUUCCGGCCACGCAGUGGAGUUACCCAGGACCAGCUCGAUCUUUCUCCUACUCCUGGUGUGACAUCAGCUCCAGAACCCUAUGAUUUAUGUGCGGUUAUUCAGUGACAACCUGGAGUAUUAAUCAGUGGAAUUUCCUCAAGUUUGGCAGCCGGUUUUCCUCACUUGAAAACAUCACCUUUUACUCGGACUGUUAGUGAAAUGAAUUUCUUUUUACUCUUCAGGGCCAUUGUUAGCACUUGAGUUCAUUAAGUUGGUGCAUAAAACACUUUUUUUAUUACAACUACAGAACAUAUUAGAUGAAGUUAUCAUUGAAAAUUUGGUUUUGUCAGCUCAUUAUGUAAAAAUGUAAUUCAUGUACGUGAUGGUGCUACUUAUUCUUUUCACUGUUUUAAGGUGAUUGCUGCAUUCCAAUAUGGAGUUCUGGCUGUUUUUUCUCUCCAUAAUACUGGGUAUGAAGGGUAUAAGUCCUUUUUUUAAAUCAACACUCACAGCUUUAAAGUUGGUUUAAUUUUGUUCUACUCUUACUCUCUGGAGAAAAAAAAUAAUCAAAAUAGCACUGGCUCAGAAUUUGAAUAUAACAUAAAUGCAAACACUGUCGUCAUCCUUGGUUUCCUUUAUGGUAUGGAUGAUCUUAUAUUAAAUGUGAAGUAUAGUUUAUAA